ACUUAGAAGAGGAGAGUCGGCUUGGGAACACAGCUACUCAGGGGCGUGGCUGCUGCAGAGCUUCCCAGUCCAGCGAUCCUAGCUGGAGCCGCGCUUUGUUCUGGCCGCCGCUUCCUCUACCCUUUAGCGUCUGGAUCCAUCCUUUGCCUCCCCCACUGUCCCCUUCCACCUUCUCCCUGCAUCUGGGUUUGCAUCCUCUUCCCCAACCGCUGCACUCCCUGGCCGCCUUCACUCCUGGCCGAGUCGCUGCCUGGGAUGCUUCUCUGAAUUCUUCCCUCUGCAUCUUCUUCCCCUUCGCCCUUUUUCGGGUCUGUUUUCCCCAGGUCCAGGUCGCUCCUCCCGGCCCCACCCCUCCAAGCCGGGAAUGUCCCUCGGAGCUCUGUGCCCAUGGUCCUGACCCUGCUUCUCUCUGCCUACAAGCUGUGCCGCUUCUUCGCCAUGUCGGGCCCACAGAACGCGGCCGACCGGUUGACAGUGCCGGGGCCGAAUGGGGGUAGUGGCUCGGGCCCAUGGUGGGCUACUGGCUUCCGAGGGUCCCGCGAGGUGUCGCCUGGGGUGGGCACCGAGGUGCAGGGCGCCCUGGAGCGUGCGCUGCCGGAGCUGCAGCAGGCUCUGUCUGCGCUGAAGCAGGCGGGCGCCGCUCGGGCUGUGGGCGCGGGCCUAUCGGAGGUCUUCCAGAUAGUGGAGGAGGCCUGGCUGCUGCCGGCUGUGGGCCGCGAGGUGGCCCAGGGUCUUUGCGACGCCAUCCGCCUGGACGGCGGCCUCGACCUGCUGUUGCGGCUGCUGCAGGCACCGGAGCUGGAGACCCGCGUGCAGGCCGCACGCCUGCUGGAGCAGAUCCUGGUGGCUGAGAACCGAGACCGCGUGGCUCGCAUCGGACUGGGCGUGAUCCUGAACCUGGCGAAGGAGCGCGAACCCGUGGAGCUGGCGCGAAGCGUGGCAGGCAUCUUGGAGCACAUGUUCAAGCACUCAGAGGAGACUUGCCAGCGGCUGGUGGGGUCUGGAGGCCUGGACGCGGUGCUGUUCUGGUGCCGCCGCACAGACCCUGCACUUCUGCGCCACUGCGCGCUGGCGCUGGCUAACUGCGCGCUGCACGGCGGCCAAGCGGCGCAGCGGCACAUGGUAGAAAAGCGCGCGGCUGAGUGGCUUUUUCCGCUAGCUUUCUCCAAGGAGGACGAGCUACUGCGUCUGCACGCUUGCCUCGCUGUGGCUGUGUUGGCAACCAACAAGGAAGUGGAGCGCGAGGUAGAGCGCUCGGGCACGUUGGCGCUGGUGGAGCCACUCGUAGCUUCGCUAGACCCUGGCCGCUUUGCGCGCUGCCUGGUGGACUCCAGCGACACAAGACAGGGCCGCGGGCCAGACGACCUGCAGCGCCUAGUCCCUCUACUCGACUCAUCACGCUUGGAAGCACAGUGCAUCGGGGCCUUCUACCUCUGCGCGGAGGCUGCCAUCAAGAGCCUGCAGGGCAAGACAAAGGUGUUCAGCGACAUUGGCGCUAUCCAGAGCCUGAAACGCCUCGUUUCCUACUCCACUAAUGGCACCACGUCAGCGCUGGCGAAGCGCGCACUGCGCCUGCUGGGCGAGGAGGUGCCGCGGCGCAUUCUGCCCUGCGUGGCCAGCUGGAAGGAGGCCGAGGUCCAAACGUGGCUGCAGCAGAUCGGCUUCUCCCAGUACUGCGAGAGCUUCCGGGAGCAGCAGGUAGAUGGCGACCUUCUUCUGCGGCUCACAGAGGAGGAACUCCAAGCCGACCUGGGCAUGAAAUCUAGCAUCACCCGCAAAAGGUUCUUUAGGGAGCUUACGGAACUCAAGACAUUUGCCAACUAUGCUACGUGCGACCGCAGCAACCUGGCCGACUGGCUGGGCAGCCUGGACCCACGCUUCCGACAGUACACCUAUGGCCUGGUCAGCUGCGGCCUGGACCGCUCCCUGCUGCACCGCGUGUCAGAACAGCAGCUGCUGGAUGACUGUGGCAUCCGCGUGGGCGUGCACCGCGCCCGCAUCCUCUCCGCUGCCAGAGAAAUGCUACACUCCCCACUGCCCUGUACUGGCUGCAAGCCCGGCGGGGACAUCCCAGAUGUCUUCAUCAGCUACCGAAGAAACUCAGGCUCCCAGCUGGCCAGUCUCCUGAAGGUGCACCUACAGCUGCAUGGCUUCAGUGUCUUUAUCGAUGUGGAGAAGCUAGAAGCGGGCAAGUUUGAGGACAAGCUCAUCCAGAGCGUCAUGGGUGCCCGCAACUUUGUGCUGGUGUUGUCACCUGGGGCCCUGGACAAGUGCAUGCUGGACCAUGACUGCAAGGACUGGGUGCACAAGGAGAUUGUGACUGCUCUAAGCUGUGGCAAGAACAUUGUGCCCGUCAUUGAUGGCUUUGAGUGGCCUGAGCCCCAGGCUCUGCCCGAGGACAUGCAGGCUGUGCUUACCUUCAACGGCAUCAAGUGGUCCCAUGAGUACCAGGAGGCCACCAUUGAGAAGAUCAUCCGCUUCCUGCAGGGCCGCUCCUCCCGGGACUCAUCUGCAGGCUCUGACACCAGUUUGGAGGGUGCUGCACCCAUGGGCCCACCUUAACCAGUUUCCAGUUCCCAGUCCCUGCUGUGUCUCCCAUUUCCAUGGUCCUCCCUGAAGGAACAGCUCUUUAAACAGAGUCAGCCUAGGCUCUUCUCAGGAAAUGGCUCUCCCUGUCCCCUACCCUCAUGGCCCACUUCAACAUCCCCUUCCUCAGUAUGUGGAAAGGGAAGGAAGCUGGGCUUGGGGGUGGGGGUUCCUCCUCCCUCAGGCCCUGCCAUCAGGUUCUCUGUCCCCCAUCCUCAGAGUUGUGUCCCUGCCAAGUUCUGGAAACGCAGGAGACUGAGGGGAGGGUCACGGCAUAUUCUCUCAUACGCCGCCCUGAGAGCAGCCGGCUUGAGUAGGCAGCCUCUGACAGAAAUCAGGGCCAUGUGCAGGCCCUGGGCAAGGGCCUGCACCUGGGAGGCAGCCAUGGACAGGCCCCUCAAUGGCUGUUCGUGGGCCCUGAUGCCACUUCCUACUGUCUCGUGGCCUUGCCCUAUAACCACUCAGUGCCCCUCCCAGCCUUCCUCACAGCUGGGGUCAAGGUUGAGCUGAGCCGUCCCACAGGCUGUAUAUGCCUCGGUUACUUUGCUGUGCUUGUGCAUGGGAGCUUCCUACCAGGGCCCAGUUCUGGGCAGGGAGGCCAUGUCUCAAAGCCCACCUACCCCAGGCCUUGGUGCUCUGCCUAAGAUGCCUGACCACCCAGGCCCUAUUGGCUUCCCCAGCUCCUCACCCACCCAGGGCUUCCCACCCACUUGCUCAGGGAAGAGGGGGACCAGGCACCCCCAACCCCCAGCAGCCCCAGUAGCCUGGACAGCACCUGCAGCUCUGUGGAAAGAAGCAAGAUCCUGAAGGGCAAGGGUGAUGACCUAGCGGUUUCUCACAAUGUCAAGUGCAUUCAGGAAUCUUGUUAAAAAUUCAAUUCAAGAGACCUGAGGCAGGGCCUGAGAGUAUGCAUUUCCCACAAAUCCCUGGGCAAACCGAUGCAGGUGGUCAAGGGACCACACUAAGCAGAAAGUCCUUCACAAAUCUUUUGUCAUUUCCCAAACAUUCCACUCCUGGUUUCUGUAAUCAUCACAGCAACCCUGUCCAGUACUGUCCCCCUGUACUAGAAAGUAAGGAAGAAAGACCGAGUGAUAAAUCCCAUUUUUCAAAUCA